AUGACAAGGUCGCUAGCUUGCAGUAUUUUGCAAGAACCCAGCCAUCGUGACGCGGACCGCGCUGCUAGUCAAGUGUCCUUCAUUCCCCACCAGAACGACUUGUCCUGUGUUGUGUUGUAUUGGUUUCGGUCAGUCCACUUCGUAUUCACAGCAGAUCUAUCACCAGGAUCUAUCACCAGCAUAAGCAACUUUGCCCUACUUGGGUUGGCAUAUGUCUUGUUCAAGAUCGUAUACCAAAUAGUAUACUACCGCUUUUUGAGUCCGUUAGCCCAAUUCCCUGGGCCGUUCCGGGAGAGCGUCACGAGACUGUGGAUCGCAUACCACAACGUGAAAGCCGACGAGCCUGAGGCUGUGCGAGAGCUGCACCAGGAACAUGGACCCAUCAUUCGCAUCACGCCCACGAUGCUCAUCGUGAGCGACGCGACCAAGCUGCCCGAGAUCUACAGCUGCAAUGCGAACAAAUCGAAGCACUACAUCACGGGCAGCUUUGGCGACACCGAGUCGUUGUUCAACAUGCAGGACCACAAGGUCCACGCCCAAUUCCGAAACAUCGCGGCGAGCCCUUACGCUUUCUCGAACAUUAAGAGGAUGGAGCCGCUCAUCGACGCCAACAUCGAAAAGUGGAUUGGCAAGCUUGAAACUCUUUUUGCAAAGGACGGGAAGCCGUUCGACUUCUCGCCAUGGGCUGUGUACAUGGCGUAUGAUAUCAGUUCCGAGGUCGGAUUCGGUGCGCCAUUUGGAUUCAUCGAGCAAGCCAAGGACGUCGAGGGUCUUAUACAGGGUUUCCACGAUGGACUAGUGCCUUUCGGUCUUAUGGCUCGAUUGGAUCCUUUCACCAACUGGGUCAAGGGCACUUUUCUAGGCAAACAUCUAGUCGCUUCUCCUGAACAGGAAUCUGGUAUCGGCACGUUGAUGUGCUUCCGUGAUAGGCUCAUUAAGCAGCACAGGGUUCAUCGAAGCCGAGAUGACAAUGGGGAGCCGUUAGACCUUAAAUACAUUAAAGCUGAGAUUCUGCUGGUACUCCUAGCAGGAACAGACACGACCGGUACAGCUUUUCAAGCGUUCAUGAAACAAGUCAUGUCUCGACCCAACGUCUAUGAGAAGAUGAUGGCUGAGAUCGAUGGCGCGACACGAGCCAAGAAGCUCUCGCUAUGCCGCAAUACGACGAAGUCCUGGAACAUUACCAUUAUUACAUCGCAUGGCGGCCUAGAGCUCUUCGGCAUGUUCGUGCCUGAGGGUACUGAGCUUACAUGCAACCCGUGGAUCGUACACCGGGACACCAACAUCUAUGGUGCUGACGCGGACGAGUACAAGCCUGAGCGCUGGCUGGAUGCAGAGCAGGCCAAGCUAUAUAACAAGUACUCGAUGGCGUUUGGCUAUGGUGCGAGGGCUUGUCUGGGCAAGGAUAUUGUGAGUAUGGAGCUGUACAAGGGACCGUUGCAGUUUUCCCGUGCUUUCAGGCCGAACAUGGUCAAGCCAGGAACAUAUGUGUAUAAGGGUGGAAUCUCAUAUUUUGAGAAGAUGGAUAUCUCCAUCGAGCGGAGAGCAACAGUCAUAUAG